GGCGUGCUGCGGAUCACUCAGAAUUGAGAACCUUCGGAAGUGCUAAGGAAUGUUACAUCUUGCCAUUGGGCUCCCCACCCUGAAAGGCCCUUAGCUCCGAAGCUUAUAGCCGCAUCUGACCUGANCUGAAGAGAUGAAGGAGAAUGUUGUCGAGUUUCUCCGGAGGACCAUCCUGAAAAUCCCUCUGUGUGAGAUGAAGACCAUCCUAGAAGCUUGGGACUUUUUGUCUGAAGACCGACUGCAGACCAUAAACUUGAAGCAGAGAAAGGAAUUUCUAGCCCAGGAAGUGAUUCUGCUGUGUGAGGACAAGUGUGCAAGUCUUGAUGACGUGGCCCUUUUAGACAUCGUGUAUACUCAAUUUCAUCGGGAGCAGAAGCUUUGGAGCGUCUUUCAGAUGAGCAACCAAGCAGGUGAAAAUGUCGACCUUUUUGAUAUGGAACAGUUCCAAAGUUCCUUUAAGAGAAUUCUUCAGAGAGCAUUAAAAAAUGUUACGGUCAGCUUCAGAGUCUAUGAGAAGAAUUCGGUGUGGAUUCGGGUUGCCUGGGGAACACAGCAUUUAGAGCCGAACCAGUACAAGCCCACGUUUGUGGUGUAUUAUCCCCAGACUCCAUAUGCCUUCAUUUCUUCCUGCUAUCUGAAGAACACUGUGCCCCUUCUCCAUCAGGCCCUGAAAGUCGCUAGCAAACACCAUGAGAUCGUGCAGUUGGAGCUGAGAAGCAGGCAUCUGGACUCACUCAAGGCGAUUGUUUUUAGAGAGUAUAAUCAGACCUUUGAAAAUUACAACUCCACAAUACCUCUGGCGGAAGGAAGCCUUGGACUAGAGAUGAGUUUGGAUUCAAGAAUCACGCAUGAAAACACAGAAGAAAAAGUGAGGAUCCACCAAGUCACUCAAGAGACCUUUGGGGCCUAUCCUCAGCCACAGCUAGAGUUCGCACAGUAUAAGCUGGAAACCAAGUUCAAGAGUGGCAUAGGUGGGGGCCUCUUGGCCGACAGGAAAGAGCCCUUCCGGUGCCUUGUAAAGUUCUCCAGUCCACAUCUUUUGGAAGCAUUGAAAUCCUUAGUACCAGCCGGAAUAGCAGAUGCACCACUUUCUCCACUGCUUACCUGCAUACCAAGCAAGAAAAUGAAUUAUUUUAAAAUUAGAGAUAAAUGAGAUACAUAUGGCUUGGUUUCUGCUGCACAGGCAGUUCCAGUAUAUAGUCUUGUGUUUUAGAAGCCAAUCCUUGGUGUUGGAAAUUUAAUGUUUUUAAUGAACUAUUGGGACUGAAUCUGUCCUCCAUAUGCACAUGCACUCUCUUCUAUUAAAUACAGCAGCUGUGGGCAUUGGACAAAUGAUAAAUAAGUAUGCACACACAUAUAUACAUGAGCGCACAUGCACGCACGAGGCUGCAUGUUGACCUCAACCCUGGCACGCACAGAAGUCAAGCAUGGACACAGUGGUUGAAUCUGUAGGCACCUACUGUCCUUCUUCCCGCUGCUGCUGCUUCUCCUCAGAAGUGUGUUCCUGUGGGAUCUCUAUUACACACCUUGAUCACAGAUAGAAGAACCAAGAAACUACCCAACCCCAAACUAGGAGAAUCAGAGGGGAGCUGGGGGCUACUACACAAGGCUGCGUAUCUAACAGCCUCUUUGUGUAAAGCAGCUUCUCUAUUAUACAUACACAUAAGCUUCUCAUGAUCUUCUCUCCAUGGCACACUGAA